GAGAGCGCUCAUUUAUAAACUAACUAGUAACAACUAAGGACUUAGUAGAUACUUUACGUUCUAAUUUAGGAAUUAAUUUACGCAUAUCUGGUGCAACCCAGCCCAGGACUUUAUUGCUACGUAAAGCGUGUACAUUUGUGCGCACCCAUUUCCAAUGACCUCAUGGUGCUAGUUUGUGAGGGAGGAGCUGAACAAUCUGGGAUCCUUCUGUGGAUUCAUGUGGGAGAUAAACCGUAGAGAAACUUUUCAACUGGGCGAUUCAUGAGUUUAAACAGCAGGGUGCGCCACCAGCCACAAAGGAGAAGGGAGGGCAGGUGCUGUGUCACGGGUUGAAGAUUCGUCUUUAUGACUUUUUUGAAGUUACUAAAGGGAUACUAUAUCAAGGGCCUCUAACUGUGUUACAGGGGAGAGAGAAUUUGCAAGACUCACAAAAUGUUCAAGGCUGUUUUGAAAAAGAACCGAGAAGGUGGAAAGACUAGCAUAAAAGAGCCGGCUGGAGAAUUCUACCCAUACAGCGCUCGGAGAAGAGGGACAGCUCCCGGGGCUGGGUACCCCCCUGAUUUCUGCACCGGUCCACUGCCUGUCCCAGAGGAAGUGUACAGAAUGAGCCUGUCCAAGGGGGUGUCCAUGUCGCUCCCUUCCUCGCCCCUGUUACCUCGCCAGUCCUACAUGAUGCACUCGCGGUCCAGUAAGAGAUCUCCAGGUCCGAUCAGGAAGCCAAAGUAUGUAGAAAGCCCCAGAGUUCCCGGGGAUGCAGUUGUUACGGCACUAAGGAAAGUGUCGGAGACGAAGCAGCCUCCCCAGAAUGAACUGCAUUCUGAUAAAGAGCCAAGCUCCUCCCCUGCUGUUCAGGAACUUAUGACCAGACUGGGGUUCUUACUUGGAGAAGGGAUCCCAAGCACAGCUCACAGACCUAUGGAAGACAAGAAUGAAAAGAAGUGCACAAUAGCCAGCCAGGGAAUUAGCCCGUGCUCCACUCUGACAAGCAGUACUGCAUCUCCGAGCACCGACAGUCCCUGCUCCACUCUGAACAGCUGCAUCAGCAAGCCAACAAUCAGCAAAACCAGCCCCUGUGGAACCAUUACCAGCCCCAGCUCCACACUCGAAAGCAAGGACAGCGGCAUAAUAGCAACAAUAACCAGUUCAUCAGAGAACGAUGACAGGAGUGGAUCUAGUUUAGAGUGGAGUAAGGAUGGCAGUCUGAGAGACAGAGGUCACCAUGGACUUGUACACACCUUGCGGGUGGAUGGUUGUUCACCUGUGGCAGAGGAAGACACAGUUUGCCCAGGGGAGGGUCAGCCCCAGGCAGCAGCAGCAGCAGCGGGAGAUGGUCCUCUGCCAUACCCACAGCAGAACUCCUCCACCUUCAUGAUGCCGAGGCCCAACUCAGUAGCAGCAACAAGUUCGACAAAACUGGAAGAUCUGCGCUAUCUUGAUGAACAGCGCAAUACUCCACUACGCACCUCCAUUCGACUGCCCUGGCACAGCACUGCCGGUGGCCGGGUACAGCAGGAUAUUAAAGCCCGGUUUGCACCCUAUAAGCCAGCUGAUAUCAUGCUCAAGCCUCUGCUUUUUGAAGUGCCAAGCAUAACCACGGACUCAGUGUUCAUCGGAAGAGACUGGCUCUUUCAACUUAUUGAGGAAAACCUAAAGAAAGACGAGUCUUCCGAGAACAGAGGGGCAGUCAUCGUGGGGAACGUCGGGUUUGGGAAGACGGCCAUCAUUUCACGGCUGGUGGCACUCAGCUGUCAUGGAGGCCGGAUGAGACAAAUUGCUUCUAACAGCCCCAGCGCAUCCCCAAAAAAUGGGGACAUAAGCCCUGAUCUACCACUUAGUCAGCCACCGCAGCCCACUCCCCCUCCCAGUGCCACGAACACCAUGAGGAACGGGAGCUGUCCCGGGACCCCUGAGCUGCAGAGACGAAGGGAAGAGGCUGUGAAGCGUCUCGCCACCAAGGUUGUGGCUUAUCAUUACUGUCAGGCAGAUAAUACAUACACAUGCCUGGUGCCUGAAUUCGUCCACAGCAUCGCUGCCCUCCUUUGUCGAGCUCAUCAGCUGGCUGUGUACAGGGAUCUGCUUCUGAAAGAGCCACAUCUACAGAGCAUGCUCAGUCUGAGGUCAUGUGUCCAGGACCCAAUGGCAGCUUUUCGAAGAGGAAUAUUGGAGCCUCUUGUAAACCUUAGGAAAGAGAGGAAGAUUCCUGAAGAAGACCACAUCAUUUUGAUUGAUGGCCUCAAUGAGGCUGAAUUCCACAAGCCUGAUUACGGGGAUACCAUCGCUUCAUUUAUUACCAAAAUCAUUUCCAAGUUUCCAUCCUGGCUCAAGUUGAUUGUUACUGUGCGAGUCAGUCUUCUGGAAAUUACCAGCUUGCUGCCAUUCUCCAAGUUUUCUUUAGAUGACUUCCCAGAGAACAAAGAUAUCAACACUGAUCUCAAUGCGUACAUCCAAUAUCGAAUCAACAACAGUAAGGAAAUACUAAACAACAUAUCUCUGAAUGGUAAAGCAGACCCUGUCACUGUGGGCAAGGUGAGUAGCCACUUGAUAAUGCGCAGCCAGGGCUCCUACCUGUACUUGAAGCUGACCCUUGACCUUUUCGAAAAGGGCCACCUGGUAAUAAAGAGUGCCAGCUACAAGGUAGUGCCCGUGUCCCUCUCGGAGCUGUACCUGCUCCAGUGCAACAUGAAGUUCAUCACCAACUCUGCCUUUGAAAGAACUCUGCCUAUCCUCAAUGUGACAUUGGCAUCCCUGCACCCAAUGACAGAUGAGCAGAUCUUUCAGGCCAUUACUGCAGGCUGUUUAAAUGGCGAGCUGGAUUGGGAGGACUUUCGGCAACGAAUGGACGGUCUUUCAUGUUUUUUGAUGAAAAGGAGGGACAAGACGCGCAUGUUUUGCCACCCUUCUUUCCGCGAGUGGCUGGUCUGGCGAUCGGAUGGCGAAAGCACAGACUUCCUCUGUGACCCACGGAGUGGACAUGCUCUCAUGGCAUUCAUGCUUUCACGCCAAGAAGGGAAGUUAAACCGUCAGCAGACAAUGGAACUCGGUCAUCAUAUCUUAAAAGCACACAUUUUUAAGGGUCACAGUAGAAAGACUGGUGUUUCAUCCAGUGUCCUUCAGGCUCUGUGGAUCAGCUACAGCACGGAUGGACUGUCUGCUGCCCUGGCUUCUUUAAGGAACCUUUAUACUCCAAAUGUGAAGGUGAGUCGUCUAUUGGUGCUGGGAGGAGCCAAUGUUAACUACAAGACAGAGGUGUUGAAUAACGCACCGAUUGUGUGUGUUCAGUCCCACCUGGGCCAUCAGGAGAUGGCCAGCCUGCUCUUGGAGUAUGGGGCUGCUGUGGACGGCGUCUCGGAGCACGGCAUGACCCCUCUGUGCUUCGCAGCAGCCGCAGGUCACACUCGCGUAGUGAAUAUGCUCUGUAAGAAGGGAGCAAAGACUGAUCAUGUAGACAAGAGUGGCCAGUGUGCUUUGGUUCAUGCUGCCUUAAGAGGUUAUCCUGAUAUCAUUGACCUCCUACUGGAGACUGACUGGGCGCCUGACAUCCAGCAGCAGAACUCUUCUGUGAAAAACAAAGCGCUUCAACAAGCCUUGAUCGCAGCUUCCAGUAUGGGACACACGCAGGUUGUUAGAAGAUUGCUGGCUUUGGAUAAGGAACAUGCGGUGGAAAUUGAUGGAUAUGAUAUAUUGUGGGGAGAAACAGCUUUGACAGCAGCUGCAGGGCGAGGUAAAGUGGAUGUGUGCAGGUUUCUGCUGGAGCAAGGCUGUGUGGUGCACCAGGUGAACCAGCGAGCUGUUUCCCCACUGUUCUGCGCGGUGAGGCAGGGGCACUGGCAGGUUGCUGACCACCUGUUACAGCAUGGAGCUGAUGUUAACAUAAGUGACAAGCAGGGCAGGACACUGUUAAUGGUGGCCGCGUGUGAAGGCCACUUGAGCACUGUGGAAUUCCUGCUUUCAAAAGGUGCUUCCUUGUCCUCUGUGGAUAAGGAGGGGUUAACUCCGUUAAGCUGGGCGUGCUUGAAAGGACACAAGGCUGUGGUGCAGUUUCUGGUUGAGAAAGGCGCAGUCAUAGAUCAUACUGAUAAGAAUGGAAGGACACCUCUGGACUUGGCAGCAUUUUACGGGGAUGCUGAAAUUGUUCAUUAUUUGGUGGAGAGAGGUGCAGUGAUUGAGCAUGUUGACUAUAGUGGGAUGCGGCCGUUAGACAGAGCUAUUGGAUGUCGAAACACGUCAGUGGUGGUGACCCUGCUAAAGAAAGGAGCAAAGCUGGGCUACAGAACGUCUCCUUAUGAUCGAUCAGGUAAUGCAGCCUGGGCAAUGGCAACCUCCAAACCAGAUAUUCUCAUUAUUCUACUGCAGAAGUUAAUGGAAGAAGGAAAUGUUCUCUAUAAGAAAGGGAAGAUGAAAGAGGCAGCUCAGAGAUACCAGUAUGCUUUGAGAAAGUUUCCACGAGAAGGAUUUGGGGAUGAUCUGAAGGCUUUCAAAGAACUGAGGGUUUCACUGUACCUGAACCUAUCAAGAUGUCGCAGGAAAACAAACGACUUUGGCAUGGCAGAGGAAUUUGCUACAAAGGCGCUUGAACUUAAACCCAAAUCAUAUGAGGCCUUUUAUGCCAGAGCAAGGGCCAAGAGAAGUAGCAGGCAAUUUGCUGCUGCCCUUGCGGAUCUACAGGAGGCUGCAAAACUCUGCUCAAACAACCGUGAGAUACGGAGGCUGCUGGUUCGGGUGGAGGACGAGUGCAAACAGUUGCAGCGUGCCCAGCAGAAACAGACAGGUGGGCAAAACCUACCACCCCAGAGCAACAAAUCGGACCAUGAGGAAGAGGAGGAGGUGCUGGACCAGAGCCUGGAUAGCCAGGCGACACUGGGGCUUGAGGAGAUUAAUGAAGAAGACAUUUCUCAACACGAGGAAGCAGCUGCCGGGUCACAGCACAGAACACAGAAUGUACAGAAUUUAUAUUCGUUGAACAGAGCACUUCAUGAUGGAGCAGCAGGUUCCCAGCAGAAACCCCGGCCUGUAACUCCUCCAAACCGACAUAAAUACCUGCGAGAACCACUAGCCCAGCAAGGACUGGUCAAGCAGCCAACGAAACAGGCUCAGAUAGUCAAAACUAACCUGCAUAUGAACUCCCUGCAGUCUGGUGGACGGUCUGGAAACAAGUCGCAGUCUCAGUACCCCCCUCCAAGCCCAUUGCCAAGCAGGCACAUUUCGAGCGUACUAAAACCUAGUCCUGGUCUAGAGAGUAUCAAUUUGGGGUGUUCAGGUGCAGAUGAUUCAGGAACCAGUCAUGGAGAAAGGUUGGCCUCCACACAAAAUGUCUACCUUUCCAAUGCUGAAAAUGUGCUGUCCUACCAUUCUCCCCAGUCAUUCUCCAACGUGACGAAAACAGCAGAGAGGUUAUCUGCACAUUCUGUACCAUCUUUGGACAUAAUGGCAUCUACAAGUCCAGGACUUCCAGGGAGUGCUCUGGAGACAGGGAAGGAAUCGUCUGCUGGUACAAUGUCAGCAUCUGGCUCUCAGGCCAGCAGUAUGAAAAUCUCCAGUUCAACCAGCAGCUUAGCAUCCAGCAGCAGUCUGUCAGAUAGUGGAAAGCUUCAAGGGCCAGAUGUUCGAAUUAAAACCACUGUAGACAACAAGACUAAGCAGUGUCAGAGUGGGACUGCAGACCACAAGCCUAGACCAACACCAUUCAUGGGAAUAAUGGACAAAACUGCAAGGUUUCAACAACUGCAGCAGAGUCUUCAACAGAAUCGCAGCUGGCACAGCCUUUCAACAGAAGGAUUGGUUACAAACACUAUUUCUACAGGGGGGAUACAGGCAGUUAACGUUGAGCUACCUUAUGCCAAAACAGGGAGUGCUUACCAUGACCAGAUUAAAACUCCAUCUCAGGGUCCUAUGGGAAGCCUUCACAACGGAAUGCACUCUAAGGAAUUUGGGGAGAAGUUCUGCCAAACAGCCACCUGUUUCAAGGAACCCAAGCCAGCUGUGGCUGUCCUACAUUCUUUUCCAGACAAUAAAUCUAAACAACAGUCUCACAUAGCAAGAGAUACUCCCGUCAUUCAUGUUGCUUCUAUGAAACCAAAGCGAUCAUUUAUAGAAUCUAAUGUCUAAGUCUGUUAUUUAACCAUUUUCUUAAACACUUGGUUAAUUAAAAAGUACCUGUAAUAAAUAUGUAAAUGGAAUUUUAGUUUAUUGGGUUUUAACUUGUUUUCUUAACAUUUAGAGUUACAUAUUUUACAAGUAACUAUUUGUAUUUUUUGUAAAUAAUUGCCACGACCAGUAUUUAGAUUAGUAUUGGUUUUGUUUCUUUUUUUAUUAACAAAAGUGUAUAGGUCCAUUAUGCUUCUGUUACAGAAUUGCAUGUGUACUAUAUUUCAGCAAAGCUGGAUAGCACUGAGUAGUCAUUAUGGCAUGUAAACACAAAUGAAACAGUAAUGGCACUUUUGAUGUUAAUAUAUGCCUUUCAGGUGCUUAUGGAAUUAUUAUUAUCAUACAUUUAGAGAUUAGGUACAACAUAGAUGUAUCAUCUCUGUAUUAUAAAAAUGAAUGGUGUUGGUUGAGUGUAAAAUGGGAGUACCAUUCAGUGGUAAUGUAACAGGAGAUUGAUAAAGGUUAGACAUUUACAGUAUGUGUUUGUUUUCUAGUAGGAUACUGAGGAUCCUAAUUUUGUAAAAUAGAAUUCCUUCUUUUAAGAGAAGGUUAAUUUGAGUGUAGUCAAAUCAUUAAACGUGUGUAGUUGAGGGUUUUUUGCAGUUUGAUUGGGAUUAAAAUGAUAGGGAUCCUGGUUCUUACUUUUUCUUGUAUAUGUUUGUACAUUGUAUACAUUUCCCCUAUAAUGUUACUGAAUAAUUUCUGUACCACCUUAAUGUUGCUACCUAGAUUUAAUUUAUUUACAGCUAUUCUUGCUUGAUCAUUUGUAAAAGCAAUAUAUUUUCUAUAGUUAUUUUUGCACAGCUACUGAAACAUUUUCAGACUUUUAAAAUGGCUUUGACUGGCUUUUGGUUUUAAGUGCAUGCAGCAGUUUCAGUUUCUACCAGCUAUUGUAUUUGAAUAUGUAUGUUAUUGUAAUUACUGAAAUGUCUUCAGUACUGUGAGCUGUAUUACCAGUGUUCACAUACUGUAAUAGAUCUGUUCUGCCAUAAUAAUAUGGGACAAAUAAAACUCCCACUGAAAAAAUGUAACAGUCUCCUAUGUCGGAU